AUGCUGAGCGCACAUGGAGCCAUUGUCAAUGAACUUGUCAUGAUGGAGUGCACAAGCUCCCAGGACCAGCGUGCGAAUGAUAUUUUUCUCCUUAGCGAAUUGGAGCGCGUGUGGAGUGCGCUGUCGAUGGUUGUGCGGCAACACCUCCUUGAGGGUCACAACGUACGUGUCGUCAACUUUGGUUCCUUUUGGCUGGAAACAAGGCCGCUCGUGUCAGACGGGAUUGAACGCUACUACGCGCGGCGCAUUCACUUUGGCGUGGACAGCAACUUUGCCCUUCGCUACAACAUAGAUUCUAACAAGGUUCCGCAAGAGCCGUCCAGACUGUCGUACGUGAAGGCCAGCAUGGCGGAAGUUGUCGGCAUCGCGGCAGUUCCUGCUCGUACCGCAACAAUGGCGCUUCGUGAGUUUUUCUCAUACGUUGGUGAAGGCCUCUUCAGGCAGAAGGUGUUUAAACUAACUUUUGAAGGCGUUGCCACUCUUCUGAUCAAGCGGGAGAAGUCCAUGCUGGACGUUGACCCGUCGCUGCGGCGUGAUAUUUUUGCCAUUGACUCCCGCAAGUGGCCGCUUUCAGUGCGUGAGGCAGCAGCGUCGGUGGUGAUGGAUACAGGCCGCCCUGCGACGGCAUCGUCGGUCUCAUCCCGCCCCUCCACUGCACAGCUGGGUCGGCAGAGUGCUGCAUCAAGACCGAUAGAACCUCGCCCCGCUUUUGUCUCCUCCGCCCCGCGCGAUCGGCUCUUCUCGGAAAUAGAAAAGGAACCACCACGUAGGUUGCCGCCACGUGCUGCCCUUUCCGUUGACGAGCCAUCGUGGGGCAGCGACAAUGCGGCUGACGCGUAUGUCAAGGAGUCCAUUUUUGACGCCAUUGACCCGGAGGAGUGUCCAACGGACGAACCAGAUAUUGAAAUGGUGGAGGAGGUUCCAAGAGAACUCCCAACACUGCACGCUUACGAGGAAGAAGCACCAAAGGCUGUCGUGAAAAUUGGACGACAUUCGUUUCAUGACCACAGUUCCGUUCGUGAUUUGCUUUAUGGUAAGGCAGUGGCCCAGGUGGAACCGAUAACACGGGGAAGAAGACGCUACAUCAACCGGGACUCGGACGCUGUUACCGCGCUCUUGAAAAUUACAUAG